AUGGCCGAAGCGCAUAGAGACGAGCUUUUCCCCGCUCCUGGGGGGCUGAAUCCCGCCAAUCCACCCUUAGAGGCCGGCGGGAACGAGGAAGGCAUGGCCGCCAAAAUGGGAGGAGACAGAGAGGUGGAGAUGCCUGCGGUGGACGACAUAGACGAUGAGCUGCUGGUGCUGGACCCUGAACACCCUCUGAUGAAGGGCUUCCAGUCCUCUUUGAAGAAUCACCUGGAGAAGCAGCUGGAGAAGGUGGACAUGGAGCUUCGAGAGCUGAGGGCCAUGGAGCGCGCGGAGGGUGACGGCAGAGUGGAUCUGGGCGUGGAGCUGUAUAAGGUGCAGGACGAGCUGAACAAACUGCAGACCAAGCUGAAGGGCCAGCAUAAGUCCAACAAGCAGGCCGCCUCCCAGCGUCUGCAGGCCCAGGACCACCUGGAGGGCGUGCGGCAGAAUUACCGCACCGCCAUGGCGCAGACCAGCCAGCAGAGGGGGCAAGUGUCCCAGCUGCAGACGGAGGUGGACCAGAUGGCCGUGCGGCUGCUCUACAUGCAGGGUGCCGACGCAGACCUGCGCUCAGACAUCGCCGCCGUGCAGACUGCCUCCCGCAAGGGCCAGGCCGAGAAGCUGCGAGCCGCCGAGCAGAAGAACGUCCAGGACCUGUAUGUGGAGCGUCUGACACAGCAGCUGGAGCGGCUGGUGGAGCAGGGGGCGCUGUAUGACGUCCAGGCCGCGUCGCAGACUGUGGAGACGCAGGUGGCCCAGGAGGCUCUGUCUGAGGCUCAGACGGAGUUGGACGCGCUCUUGGUGGAGCAGAAGCAGCUGCUGCAGCAGUGGAAUAACAGUCUGCACGGCGUGAGGAAGCGCGACGAGGCCUACACCACCAUGCAGGAGGCGCUGCGGGGCGUGCGGGACCAGGUGCGGUCGCUGGACACGGAGAUCGAGGGCUUUAACAGGUCCAUCAUGGAGGAGGAGGAGCGUAACGAGCGGCUGACCGUGCUGCUGAACCGCGCCCAGCUCGACUGCGCCACCUCCCGCAAGCUGAUGAACCGCAGCCAGAGCCAGCAGGAGGCGCUGCUGGCCAAGCACAGCACCUACACCCGCAUGCUGCAGGAGACCGAGCACACGCUGGCCCAAGUGAAGGGGGACUGCUCGGCGCGCCAGGCCGAGGUCGCCGCCCUGCGGUCGCAGAUGGACAGGGAGAUGGCCGUCCGCCGCGAGCUGGAGGAGAAGAUCAUGUCCAAGAUGCAGGAGCAGCUGACGCACGACCAGGCCGCCAAGUACUCACGGCGACAGAUCGAGAAGAUCGCUGCGCAGAAGAAGGAGAGGGAGCUGCAGCUGGCCCUGCUGGAGGAUGAGAUGGCGCAGGUGAUGUUGGAGUGCACGGAGGUGAGGCUGCGUCUGGGCUCUCUGGAGCGGGCGCUGGCCGAGGUGGAGCAGGAGACGAGCCGGCAGCAGGAGCUGCUGGCCCACAGCGAGGCGGAGAUCAGCCGGCAGGCCGUGCUGCUGGAGCGCAAGCAGGCCGCCAUCGCCAGCCUCAACAAGAAGAUCGCCGACAUGAGCACUAAGGCGAGUACCGCUCACGAGGACCUGGGCGGUUUGGAGAUCCGGGUGCAUAAGCUGACUAAGGAGCUGGAGGAGGUGGAGUCGGAGGUGCAGGGGCAGCAGCAGGCCUGGCUCAGGCAGCAGGAGGAGCUGGUGAGGCUGAACCAGGAGAAGCAGACGCAGAGCUCCGCCCUGCUGGCCCUGCAGGCCAAGCUCACCACCCUGCAGCAGAAGAAGGUUCGCACAGAGGGUGAGAUUCAGCAGGAGCAGAGGGAGCAGGCGGAGGUGGAUCGGCACAUGAACAGCCUGAUGCUGGACAUCGUGAAGCUCAACGCUGUGCUGAACAAGAACAGCCAGCAGCGCGAGGCCCUGGAGCAGAGCAACGCCCUGAUGGAGAGCGACUUCCUCAGCCGCCUCAAGGAUGCUGAGAGGGAGUCCAUCACUAUGCAGAUGAAUUUUGACAAGAUCCAAGAGGAGAAGGACAUUCUGCUCAACAGUCUGGUGGAGGCAGAGCGGCAGGUCUUGCUUUGGGAGAAGAAGACCCAGCUUGUGAGGGAGACACAGAUGGCAGUGAGAGAGGAGAUCGGUCAGGGAGACAUUCACUUCCUCAAGGCUGAGAUUCACCGCAUGGAGGUGCGGUACGAGCAGCUGAUGAAGCAGCAGGGCCGGCUGCUGAGGGAGAUGGAGGCGGUGGUGGCUCGGCGCGAGGCCAUCGAGCUGCACAGCGAGGCCCAGGCGCGCUCCAGCAGCAAGCGCCACGCCCAGUCCGACCCCCACAGCGCGCUUCAGAACCUGCGCAGGAGGGUACAGGACACGCAGAAGAAGUCAAAGGAGUGCGACUGUGUGAUUGACGAGCUGCUGGACACCCAGCGCAGUCUGAGGAGCAGCCUCAAUGAGAAGAAGCAGCAGCUGGACGAGCUGCGCAGCUCCAACGACGCCAUGACCUCAGAGCUGCGCAGUCAGCAGGACACAAAGGAGAAGAACCGGGCGCGGCUGAUCGCCCUGCAGGCCCGGGCGAAGCAGCUGCAGGCGGUGCGGGACGGGCGGUACCGCUCGCUGUCCAGCAGCAUCGGCUCGGCGCCCGAGACCGCCGCUCAGCGCCUGGAGGAGAGGCUGCAGAACGUCAACGCCAUCGUGCAGCACAUCUACCAGGAGUCCCCCGAACACCAGGGGGCGCUGCGCCGCCUCACCCUGGCCUUCGCGGCCCGCAGGGAGUACAUCUGA